AUGAAAUUUAAAAUAUUUUCAAUUCUUGGUGUUGCAUUAUGUGGUUUCUUGGCCGCCGUUGCAACCCCAAUUGAAUCGGAAGGAACUCAUGAAUUUGAACCUAGAGCUCAUGGAUCAUAUAUUUUUAAUCCUUUACCUAAAUUAAGGGAUACUACUCCCAAAACUCGUUAUUAUCAUUUUGAAUUGAAAAUUAGAAAACUUUCUCCUGAUGGUUUCGAACGUCCUGUGUGGACUGUCAAUGGUCAAUAUCCAGGUCCUCUCGUUCAAGCUAAUAAAGGUGAUCGCUUAGUGAUCAAAGUAACUAAUAAAUUUGGUGACCCUGCUAGUGUCCAUUGGCAUGGUAUCUUCCAACGUGAAACAAAUUGGUAUGAUGGUGUACCUGGCCAAACCCAAUGCCCCAUUCCAAACAGAGUUUCUUUCACCUAUAAUUUCACUUUGGAUCAAUCGGGUACUUAUUGGUAUCAUUCUCAUUUCUUGGCUCAAUAUGUUGAUGGAUUGGUUGGUCCACUCAUCGUUUAUGAUAAAGAUGAACCUUAUUAUAAAUCUUGUGAUGAAGAAUAUGUGCUCACAGUAAGUGAUUGGUAUCAUUCUCCUUCCGCUCCACUUCUUCCUUACCCUGAUUCUGCGGUUAUCAGUGGUCGAGGUCAAUAUAACUGCUCGUCACCAGCAGCAGGUUCUGAUUGUAAUCCAAAUGUUAGACCUGCCACCUACAAUGUUAAAAAAGGAAAGAAAUACAGAUUCCGUCUUAUCAACACUGCUGCCUACGCACCCUUUGCCUUUUCCGUUGAUAGUCAUCCACUCACAAUUAUUGAAGUUGAUGGAAUUCCUACAAAAAAAACUAAUGCUUCCACAGUGAAGGUCUUGACAAUUCACCCUGCUCAACGUUACUCUGUUAUCCUUACCGCCGAUCAACCAAUUUCCAAUUAUUACAUCCGUGCUAAUCUUCUUACAGAAUGUAUAGCUCCUAGAAUUCCAAUGUAUCCAUUCAAUACCACUAUUAACUUUAAUUCUUCAAUCAAUCCUAAUGCUACCGGUAUUCUUCACUAUUAUGAUGUUAAUCCUGAUGCUAUACGACCAUACCACCCAGAUCCUGCUCCCACUAAUAUUACCGAUACAUUUAUAUUUAAUGUCACAUUCGCCGAUAAUGAUGAUGAUGUCGGUCUCUUCCAAAUCAAUGGUCAUUCCUUUGAACCUAUUUUCAAUAAUCCAACGAAUCAAAGAAUAAUGUUAAAAGAAAGCUUUGCAGAUUUCGAAGAAUCUCAAAACGCGUAUGGUUAUGACACUCCUUAUGGGGGUGUUGAAAUUAUUCUUCUUAAUCGUGGGGGUGCGGAUCAUCCAUUCCAUUUACACGGUCACGCCUUUCAUUUAGUUGGUGUAGGAUCGGGAGUAAAUAUGAAUAAUUUAACAACAAGAAAUUUGGUAAAUCCAGUCGUUAGAGAUACUGUUCAAGUACCUGGAGGGGGUCACAUUAUAAUAAGAUAUAUUGCAGAUAAUCCAGGUGUAUGGGCUUUCCAUUGCCAUAUCGAAUGGCAUGUAGACAUGGGUAUGGUAGCUCAAUUAAUUGAACGUCCAACGGAAUUCAGUAAUCGAACCCUUCCAAAUGAUGUUAGGGCAUUGUGUGUGCAACACGAUAGUUAUUACAAACAAAAACGUUCAACCUUACCUAAAGAUACAAAGGUUAAGAGAAUUCAAAUGUUUAGAAAAGUAUAA